GCUUUCCGCUGAGGUCAUGUCGGCGCACCCGAUUCCUCCUCUGCAAAACGACGAUUCACUGAGUCACUGAGUCAUAGAAGCUCCCUUUUUCCACAAUCCAUACCCCACCAUUCACGUGCUCUCCUCGCCUCUCCUCUCCUCUCCUCUUCCUCCUCUCGCUCUUCAAUGGCGAGGGUCGUAGAGCACGACUUGCACGAAAAACAGGGAAAACAUAUUGAAGGACAUGGAAAUGGCGCCAUUUGGGAAGAGGAGGAGAUGUUCGUCGACAGACAAUCCAAGAAGAGGAAGUGGAAGAGGAGAAUAAACAACAGGAAGAGGCCAAAAUUCCAAGUCCCUGUAGAAGAAGAAGAAGAAGGGGCUGUGCGAGUCAAGGACCCGUUGGAGGUUUUUGGCCGCGACUUAAUGAUGAUGAUUUUGGGGAACCUAGACGCACGCAGUAUCGCCCUAUCUCUCCUUGUGUCCCAUGGCUGGCACGAUGUCGCUUCGAGCGACAGGUUGUGGAGCUCCAAGUGCGAGGAGCUUUGGAAGGGAAAAGCACAUAUACCUCGCUUGUCACAGAUCCCAAGAUUAUCGAAACUGGCUGCCUAUUCAUUAUCUGUUGUGGAUGGAAAACGUACGCGUAUCACGAAGGACGAUCUUUGUGACCAUGUUUGGGUAUUUCAUUUUAACAAGGUAUGUGCGUUUAUACUACACAUUUGUUGAAAAGGGAAGAAACUGGAGUUUAUACUACACAUUUCAAUAUGGGAAGUUGUUUAGAUUCUAUUCCGUACUUUCAUUUUUUCCCCUGAAAAUAAAAAGUUUAUUUGCUCCUCACCUCA